UCCUGUGUCUCUGCUCUCUGAGAUUGUAACCCUGACGUCCACCUUGCAGCAUUGUGCAGUGGACGUGUGCACAACAUGGAAAAAAUCACAGUUACCCAAUGUGCAACUGAGGUGGAAUGAGAUUUUACUUUUCGAAGCAGUCACCUUGCCUAAAAGUGAACACACUCUUCGUCUAGGAUUGAUUCUGUGUGCCCUAUGUCUGCACAUCAGUGGGAGUCAAGCACAGCACAUACAAGCUGUUAAGUCUAAAAGGAAAUGAAUUCUUUCUUGACGAUUCUAAUUUCACUUGCUAAUGCCAUUUUUUAGGUUGGCUUGGGCAGAACAGUGAGAAGAGAAUGCUCCACUUGAACCGAUGUUGGCCUCUGAGACAGCUGACACAGAAGUGUUUCUCUAGUGUACACGUUAAAGCAGAUAAACAGGCACAGCUAGUUCUUCCAAGAGCCUUUGCACUCGCAGAAUUAAGGAAGUCAUGGCAUUCUACCCACUCUCUUGUUGGAGACAAAAAUAUUAUCCUGAUGGGCCCCCCUGGUGCUGGGAAAACAACAGUAGGCAGAAUAAUAGGUCAGAAACUAGGUUGUUGUGUCAUAGAUGUGGAUAAUGAUAUCCUUGAAAAAACCUGGAAUAUGAGUGUGUCUGAAAAAUUGCAGGAUGUUGGUAAUGAGCAAUUUUUAGAAGAGGAAGGAAAAGCUGUGUUAAACUUCUCUGCAUCUGGAAGUGUGAUUUCCCUUACCGGAUCCAAUCCAAUGCAUGAUGCUAGCAUGUGGCAUCUGAAGAAAAAUGGAAUAAUUGUGUACUUGGAUGUGCCUUUAAUAGAUAUAAUUAGUCGUCUAAAGUUAAUGAAGAUAGAUAGAAUUGUAGGUCAGAAUUCCGGAACAUCUAUGAAAGACUUACUUAAAUUUAGAAGACAAUUUUAUAAGAAGUGGUAUGAUGCUCGUGUCUUUUGUGAAAGUGGGGCUUCCCCAGAGGAGGUAGCUGACAAAGUGCUGAAUACUGUUAAAAGAUACCAAGAUGUGGACUCAGAAACGUUCAUUUCAACGAGACACAUUUGGCCUAAAGACAGUGAACAGAAGGUUUCAACAAAAUUCUUCAGCGAAGCUGUGAUCGAAGGGUUAGCUUCUGACGGUGGACUCUUCGUUCCUGAGAAGGAGUUUCCAAAAUUAAGCUGUGGGGAGUGGAAAAGCCUCGUCAGCGCUACCUACAUAGAAAGAGCACAGAUACUUUUAGAAAGGUGUAUACAUCCUGCAGACAUACCUGCUGCCAGACUGGGAGAAAUGAUCGAAACCGCUUAUGGGGAAAACUUCGCAUGCUCAAAAAUUGCUCCUGUCAGGCAUCUUUCAGGCAACCAGUUCAUUCUGGAGUUAUUUCAUGGACCAACAGGAUCAUUUAAAGAUUUGUCUUUACAGCUUAUGCCUCAAAUGUUUGCACACUGUAUCCCACCAAGUUGCAAUUAUAUGAUACUUGUAGCUACUUCAGGAGACACAGGGAGUGCAGUCUUAAAUGGUUUCAGUCGUCUUACUAAGAAUGACAAGCAGAGAAUAGCUGUGGUCACAUUUUUUCCUGAGAAUGGAAUAAGUGAGUUUCAAAAAGCACAAAUAAUUGGCAGUCAGCGAAAAAAUGGAUGGGCUGUAGGUGUCAAGUCAGACUUUGAUUUUUGCCAGACAGCUAUUAAAAAAAUGUUUAACGAUUCUGAGUUUACUGGCUUUCUUACUAUGGAAUAUGGAACAGUCCUAAGUUCAGCUAAUUCCAUAAACUGGGGCCGACUGCUUCCCCAGGUAGUUUAUCAUGCUUCUGCAUAUCUUGAUCUUGUUAACCAAGGAUUUAUUUCUUUUGGAAGCCCCAUUGAUGUCUGUAUUCCCACAGGAAACUUUGGUAACAUAUUAGCAGCAGUGUAUGCCAAAAUGAUGGGAAUUCCUAUCCGGAAAUUUAUCUGUGCCUCUAAUCAGAACCACGUUUUGACUGAUUUUAUAAAAACAGGGCAUUAUGACCUAAGGGAAAGGAAAUUAGCACAGACCUUUUCACCAUCCAUAGAUAUCCUCAAAUCUGCAAACUUGGAACGACAUUUACACUUGAUGGCUAAUAAAGAUGGACAAUUAAUGACAAAAUUAUUCAAUCAAUUAGAAAGCCAUCACCAUUUCCAAAUAGAAAAUAUGCUCGUUGAGAAGCUUCAGCAAGAUUUUGUAGCCGACUGGUGCACCGAGGGAGAGUGCCUCGCCGCUAUUAACUCUACCUACAACACUUCGGGGUACAUUCUGGACCCACACACUGCUGUUGCAAAAGUGGUGGCAGACAGAAUGCAAGACAAAACUUGCCCCGUGAUUGUCUCCUCCACAGCUCAUUACUCAAAGUUUGCACCUGCUAUCAUGCAGGCGUUAAAGAUUAAUGAAAUCAACCAAACUUCCUCAAGUCAGCUUUACUUACUGGGUUCAUACAAUGCAUUACCUCCACCACAUGGGGCUUUAUUAGAGAGAACCAAACAGCAAGAAAAGAUGGGGUACCAGGUCUGUGUAGCCGACAUGAGUGUCCUGAAGAAUCAAGUGGAAAAACUAAUCCAAAAUCAAUUUGUAUGAGUUUUCUGAGCAAAAUAUAUAUAUGUAUAUUUUUCUGGUGAUAAGCAUGCAACAAUAAAUUUCAAAAGUUGA